AUGCGAUCAAUACUCUCGGUCGUCCAGCGGACCUCCGUAGGAGUCUGGUCAGCUCCAGCACGCGGAGCCCAGACGAGCGUACUGGCAUGGAAAGCAGAUGGAGUCUGCUCAAGAUGCCGUCUGCAGCAGAGUCGCCAAUUCUCGAACUCGCGGCCAGUCACCGAUUCCCUCUUGAACGUCGACCAUCCAGCCAAGCUGGUGAGAGUCAAUCGGAAGCAUGGCCCUGGCCUAAUUAUCCUCGCUCUGAUUCCAAUCAUUGCGUUCGGUCUGGGCACAUGGCAAGUUCAGCGCUUGGACAGAAAGACAAAGAUGAUCGCCAAAUUUGAAGACCGUUUGAUCAAGCCUCCGCUUCCGCUGCCGCCACGAGUUGAUCCCAACGCUAUUUCGGAUUUCGAUUACCGCCGUGUGGUCGCUACCGGUCGCUACCGUCACGACCAAGAGAUGCUGGUUGGACCUCGAAUGAACGAUGGCGAAGACGGCUUCCAAGUUGUGACACCCCUUGAGCGUGGAGACGGCCAAAGCACAAUUCUCGUCAACCGUGGCUGGAUCUCCCGAAAGUUGAUGAAUCAAAAGGACCGCCCUGAGGGCUUGCCUCAAGGCGAGGUUGUCGUGGAAGGUCUACUGCGAGAGCCGUGGAAGAAAAACAUGUUCACCCCCGUGAACAAGCCCGAAGAAGGCAAAUUCUACUUCCCAGACAUUCAGCAGAUGGCUGACCUGACAGGUAGCCAGCCAGUUUGGAUUGAAGAGACUAUGGUUCCUGAGUUGGUCGAAAUAUAUGAUCGUAUUGCAAAGGGACGACCUGUUGGGCGCGCCGCGGAAGUCAACCUGCGAAAUAACCACGCCCAGUAUAUUUUCACCUGGUACGGCUUGUCAUUGGCCACGUCCAUCAUGCUUUGGAUGGUAGUGCGCAAGAAGCCGAAUGACGCCUUGCGCCGAGUGCGCCAGAAUCGCAACUGGUCGUAG